UACAUUGGUUACAGUUUUUAGUUACUAAAUGAGACAGUCUAUUUGUCAUAUUGGCACACAGUGAUUCGUGUCAGAGUUCCACCUUAUGACGUGGUGUUUUGUGUAUUUAGUUUUAAAUUAUUUGAAAACGUAUGUUUAGAAAUGUGUUUAAAUAAAAGUUAUUAGUGUAUGUAAAAUUAUCCAUUAAUUAAAUCAUUUUAGAUUGCUAGAACCUAUAAAAAUUGACAGUUUUAGGAUCUUAUGAUACAAAUAAUUUGUGAUUUUUCAACUUUUAUCUUUGAUUAAAAUAUACGUAGUGCAACAUGUGGACUUCAAUUAACUUUAAAAUAGUUGUUUUUAUUAUGCAACUUAUAUUCAUAUCCAAUUCUCAAAAGGUAGCCCCAGGAGUUAAUCCACAACAAUACCAGUAUCAAGAUCCUCAGUAUAAUUACCAACAAUAUCAGCAACCUCCUGUUAAUCAACCAUCACCUAUACAACAUCAACAACAACCUGUUCAACAUCAGCAACCACCUGUUCAACAUCAACAACCUCCUGUUCAAAAUCAACAACCUCUUCAGCAACAGCAGGUUCCUAUUCAACAACAACAGGUACCUGCUCAACAACAAGUUCCUGUUCAACAUCAGUCCCAUGCUCAUGGAGCACCUCAAAAAGUUCUUAAUGCUGCCAAUAUGGAGCAUGAAAAAGAGCAUAUUGCUGAACACUUAGACGUCCCAAUUGAUACAAGCAAAAUGACCGAACAAGAAUUGCAGUUUCAUUACUUCAAAAUGCAUGAUGCUGAUAACAAUAACAAACUAGAUGGAUGUGAACUCAUUAAAUCACUGAUCCAUUGGCAUGAGCAAGGUGGAAAGGGUCCUAACCACGUGGAAGAAAAAAUAUUUAAAGACGAAGAAUUGGUUACUCUAAUUGAUCCAAUUUUGAAUACUGAUGACACAAAUCGUGAUGGGUACAUUGAUUAUCCUGAAUUUAUAAGAGCACAACAGAAAGCAGCAGCUAGUGCUCAAAAGCCAUAAUGUGUGCGCCCAUUAUGGAUCUGAACAGCAAGUUAAAAUUUAUACAGACGAAGAACUGAGUGGAACAGUGGAUGUAUUGUUUGCAGAAUUAGAUAAAAACAAUGAUGGAUUCAUUGAAUAUACUGAAUUUAAACAUAUAACAUAAUUUAUUAUACGCUACUGUAUAUUGUGUUAUUGGAACUGUUCUUGGGUUGUGAUUUUUUUUCAUGUUUAUUUAUACUGUAGUUGUGGUUGGAACAAGAUUAAUAAAAAUUUUAUUUGCAUUGA